AAGAGAGAGAUCGUAAGACAAGAAAGGGCCCCGGCGGGUCGAGGAGCUACCGCCGCCGCUUCGUCCCGGAGGCUGCUCCGCGCGCGGCGUUGCGCCGUAACGGAGUCAAGGUAACGCUCCCUCCAAUCAAGGAAACUAUCGCCGGCGUGGCUCGCCGUUGAAAAAGCGCCCGACCACGACGGCAGGUGACGCGGUGCCGCCUCGGCUAUAGCUGGUCGUGUGCGUCGUUGUUUAUACGGCGGGCUACACGCGCGACGAGUGCACGCCAAGGAUUUGUUUCUCCGUAGUUCCGGAAAUCUGGUGAAGCCUGCGACGACGAAGAUGCGACGCCUGCUAACCCUUCUCGGAUGCGCGGCUCUGUGCCCACUCUUGAGCGCCGGAGCCAAGUACGUGCGUGACGACCCGAACUGCGGGGAUGACGCCAUCAACGCCUGCGGGACCGAGUUCAUAGCGUUUUGCCACGGACCACGCGUGCCCGAAAACGAGACGCACCUGGCGGAAAGCUGCAAGCGUCAGCUGAAGGGCAUCGAGUGCGCCACCGAGUACUCGGAGCGCUGCCUUCUGGGCUUCUUUCGCGGCUCGGCCGUCACGGCGUUGAUAACGCUGCAGGAGGAGACGGAGCAGAAGUGCGACGCUACGCACCCGGAGCACAAGCGAUACCUGAAGAGCGCCCCCUGCCUGAACAAGGCCGGUGACCGGAUCCAUAAGUGCGUGAAGGACUUCCGGGAGGACCUGUACCGGAUCGCGCUCGAGGCACCGCCCAAGCAGAGGAUACGCUACGCGUGCUGCGAGUACAGCAAGCUGUUCAGCUGCAAGCAGACCAGCCUGUUAGAGAACUGCAAGGACCCGAAGGCGAUCCAGUACGUCCGCGAGACGGCCGAGCACGUCCUGCACAACCUGGUCAAGGUCUUCUGCGGCCGCUACGAAAGCGGCUCCGACGAGUGCGCCGCGCUCGAGAAGCUUCCCGCGCUCAACUCUAAAGAGAACGCGCCCAAGAGCUUCAUCCUGCUGCUCAAGUCCUUCACCGCCAGCGUGCCAUAAGACCAUCACUCGUGGCUAACGCCAACCCGCCGGGAGUGUUGCACAAUAGAGUAGUACUUUCGGGCAGCUUCUGCCGUGUCAAGGUUGAGAUGCGAGAAAUGAAAAUAACGUGAAAUCGUAACCUUACUAUUCUUGACAAAGCAGUUAAUGUUAUCGGAGAUGCUAACGCUAACGUAGCUGUAAAGAAGGCGUAUAGCGUUGCAUUCUGGAUGAACAGUUGGCGACAAAAUUAUAUAAAACGCGGUAUAAGGCAAGAGCUUAAUAUUUGCGCCGCCUGCACAGGCAACCUUGUAUUCCAACUUCCAGCCUGUGCUACAUAAUAUACGAUACACGAACCACUGUAGUGCGCGGUUCUGCUCGCUGUUGAGAAAUUCAACGUUUUCUCAGAUGCCGCGGUCCUCAAAAGUUUUGACGCUGACCUUACAAUCUGUUUGUUACCCGACACAGAGGGAAAGUGUUGAAGAGAUGAGAUGAAGGGAGGGAGAGUACUGCACGCCGACACAGAAAAGCACAACUCGACGAUCGUAAAACUCUCGACUCCAACUAUAACGUACUAUUGUCAGUGAAGACUUCGCGCGUCUUCUGACUUAACGUUUAUAUCUUACGUUAGUUCUGUCACUUCUCACUUCUGACCACCGCUCUUAUUCGAAGCAGCCCACCAUUGUUCAAGGCUCGAAGGGCCAGCCAGAGCCACCGGUCAUAAAAAUGUGGAGGAUAGCAAUGCAGCGACUGUCAUUACUCGCCUGAUCGAAAAACUGGCAGUAUAAUGUUCCUCACUGCACUAAGCUGCACCCUAUCAAUUUAUUUAGCUUCCCUGAAUUUCAGUUCUCUUGUCAUAUCGACGAUUGCCGUUGAAAAGGCUCCCAUGAAACUUGUUAGACCAGUUUAGCAUGACUCUAGUAAGAGAACUGCAGAAAGGGAAUAUUCUUUCGGCGGAGCUGUUAACCUUUAAGAAGGUUCACAUAAUCUUCCGGCUUCACGAAAUUACCACAACACGUGUGAACGCUUUCUUUUGGGUAUCAUGAUAACACUCGCGUUCCGGCUUGCCAUCUUCGUGCUUCUCGUCGCGUUAUGUUCUGGGGGGUACAGUUCUCAAUUCUCCCCUGGCCCUCUCGUUCUGCAUGAAUCGCUACAGGAGGUAAACAGCAACUACUGUUAGUUUAGUGGCUUGAAACAGUUAACUGAAAUCGCACAAACGAGUUCACAUAGGCAAAGGAGAGGUGAUAAAGAAGUUCUCAGCCGACUAGGCGUACUCAACGAUAACUCACUCACUCGGCGGGGUAACGUGCGCAAAUUGAAGCGAGUAUUGAAACGGACCCAAACGUGCAACAAGGACUAAAUAGCUUCUGCGGGUAUGCAGCGCUGAUCUUUACCUUGAUACUUCACUAAUAAUCUCUUAUCAUCUCUUAUAUCAGGGCUUUCUUACCCAAGACGCUAUGGCAGCUUUUGGGAGUAACUCUAGCCUAUUGCUUUUGCUGCAAUCGCAGACGUCGUCGUCAUUUAUGAGGUGUAGAUCAAUCCUUUCUGAGCUGUCAUCACCGAACGCCAUCCAUUUUCUGCGAUUUCGAUCCCGUCAAACAGAGAAAGGUCGAGCCACUCACGUAGGGAAGGUUGCUUUGCUGAUAGCAGCACUAUUAUGAACUAAGCCUGGAUACUGGAAGUAGAAGUAUGAAAGAUUUGACGACGCCGCUAGGAGGAACGAAUGUUCAUGGCAAGGAAAGGCAGACGUGCAAACAUGGACACAAGUACAACGAUAACCACAACACAAGCACAAGCUUCUUGGUCUUCACUCAAAAAAAAAAGGGAAUUGCGCUUUAAAGCUUAUAUAGCGGCCAAUCAAAAAUCCGGAGAUACUUAAGCGUUUCUUAUGAGUUAUGAAUGCGAAAGCAUUAACGUCCAACUUAAUGCCACUGAGCGGUCGCUCGAGCUGUAAACUGCUCGCAGGCAAGCGGCCGCGUUGAGGCACUUGGAACGUUUUGAUUUGGCCUUACCGAGGCGCAGUUAAAUCCUAGGUGAGAACAAGGAACGCGCGGAUAAGACAGGCUUUCGAGUGCGAGAGGGAGGGUGACGUGGCGUCGCGGCAGUGCCCUUUCCCCUCACGCAAUGCCACGGCCAGCGAGUGCCCCUUCAGCCCGCUCGGCUCCGCCGAGGCCCGAGCCAGCAAGCGAGAGCCAGCGUCACGUGAACACGCUCGUGACGUGGCGUCGCAGCCCCCCCCCCUCCCCACCCUAUAGGAAAUUGCGCUGCUACUACAAACGGUGCCGGCCGUUUCGCUCAACGGGCCACUUGACGCUUUCGCAUCAAUAAUCGUCAUCCAUGUUUAGUGCCUUUCCUUUCUUUGACGCUGCGCGUCCCGUUCUUCCAGGUCACGAACGGCGUGCGCGUUAUCAGCGUGACAUGGCAUUCUUGACAGGAAUGUACAGUGAGCGCGGAUUGUUCGAAAAUGGAAACGCCAGCAAGUCAGAUGACGAUUAUGUCUCGGGGACAAAGUACGACCCAAGAGUGCAGACUUGCUUUAGAGUGCAUACUUGUAUCCGUAUUUGCGCGCCUCCUUUUCCUUACCUUUUAUUCCUUCCAAUUUGCUCGACUUUCGGUCGUUCUAAACGAAUGUCCCGUUUCUGCCAAGAUAUGGUGACGUCUUUACUUCGUGAAUAAAUUAUCUGUGGAGAACACUGUGACAAACUAGUUGUCAACAUUCUUACUUCUUACAAAUAAUCAUUCUCUCGUAGCUCCCACGUUGGAUCGCAGUCUGCGUGUACCAUCUCUUGCAUCACCGGACACGCAAGUUUGCAUUUUUAAUUAGCGGAAACGCUCUUUGUGAUUGCUUUAGCUGAGUGCUUAGCGGCCUGCUGCGCGCCAGACGCCAAGUGCAGACGUAUAUGGAAGAAGCGCGGUAGCGGAAUGCGAGCGUCCAGCUCAGCAUAAUCAAGGGAGAUGGCGACAUCCGUCCAAGUGUCAGCUUCUCGCCUGACAAUGAAUUCGCCGCUUUUCGUAUUAUAACUUAGGCUCACAGCAAGUGAAAGACGCAACAGGCUUUGACCUUCCCUACUGCUCACGUGUCCACUUGGAAAAUCGGGCAACCGAGCGUCGUGUUUGAUGAAUUUGGCUGGUGAUUUCCGGCUCCCUGAGCCUAUAGUUGUCGUUUCAGGUUGUAACGCAUCGCUUUGGAUACGUACGUCGCCAUGCGAGAACCAUCGCUAAGCUUAAACACCUGCAUUAAGAGAUCCAUAACGACCAGAAUGAAGAGCAUUAUUUAGCCUGUCGCGGAAUUUCGAGUUUCGAUUUCUCCUUCCAUUGUCACGUAUAGCAGACGAUGCCACCAUGAUUGAGGCCCACUGCUUUUUUCACUUGGCUGAUAUGUCGGCCAAAGUAGUGCGCACUUUUUAGCUACAAUAUUGCAUACCCAACCUUCGCAUCUUUCUCUCUCUCUCUCUUUUUACUUUCACCCUUAUCAAGAAAACCAGGUGGCGCCAGAGAACACGCAUCACGCUCAGCAUGCAGGUAAAACAAAGUUACCGACAUAGAUAAAACGGGAAAAUAGCACGUCGUUUCACUACUGCUCAGUGAUCCAAAUUUGGCUACAUUGUUCCUCUAUCCCGCUCAAAUGGAACAUUCUAAGCAUACGUAACUGACGUCAGAAAAUCAAAACUAGAGAGCGAAGCAGCUGCAGCGUACGCAUUUUUCUUUCUUGAAGCAAUAAACACAUUAUCAACCUA